CCCGGGGCGUGUUCGGGUGUGGGUUGCGCUGGGAGGACGAGUCAUGGCGUGGGGAGGGUCCCGGGGUUGGAGCCCCGGGGAAGCUGUGUCUCGGGGGGAAACCAGGAGCGUGGCUGGAACGACCCUCCUCAGUUCUCCUACGGGCUGCAGGCGCAGGCCGGAGGUCCCAAGCGAACCCCACUCACCCGCCGGCCCCCCCCCUCCGCCCGCGGGGACCCCCCCAGGUGCUUCUCCAGACUCGGCCUGUGCCCCUGCUGCAAGUCCAGCACCUCCUCCCCGGGCGCUGGGACCACCCCCCUUGGGGCCCAUCAGCCUUGCCCCGCGGGCAGAGAGCAGAGGGCCAAGCUCUGUGGCUGGCCUGGAGGAGUGCAACGUGCCUGCCCAGGCCGUCCUGGCCCCGCUGUGGGAGGCCCUGGACACCUGCCGCCCCACAGUGCAGAAACAAGUGUGUGAUGACAUCGGGCGGCGGCUGACGGUUCUGGGGGAUGCAUGGGCUCAAGGGAAGCUGUCAGCCCCAGUGAGGAAGAGGAUGAGCCUCCUGGUAAAAGAGCUUCAGCAACAGCACUGGGAUAUGGCUGAUGAGAUCCACCGUUCACUCAUGGUGGACCACGUGAACGAGGUGAGCCAGUGGCUGGUGGGUGUCAAGCGUCUGAUUGCGGAAACCAGGAGCCUGCCUGCUACUGAGCCUGCUGCCGAGCCGGGUGGCAGCACUGAGGCUGGGCCUGGCCAGGAGGAUUCCUGAUGCCAGGGAUGGGGCUACAGACUGAACACCAUGCCCCGGGCCACCAGCAGAAGGGCCCCUGCUGCCCUAUGGAGUCUGGACACCUCCCCUGCCUUCCAGUCCUCACCUAGGAAAAGGGGAUUUUAAUCAUUGCAACAUUUUAUUGGCAAUUCACUACAUGAUGUUUAAUAAACGGCACUAACCUA